UAACACGCUCAAGAAGCUUCCCCUUCGCUGAUCUUGGCGCCUCGGCCCUCAGCGUCGCGUGGGGCGCUAACGGAAGCUGAAUAAAAAAAAAAGUCUAAUCCGCGGGCCGUCCAUUUUAUGUUGUUGUUUUAGGCGAGAGCGUGUUUUCGGUGGGUGGUGGGGUGAGGGGUGAGUCCUCGCGGGCCCAUGUGCUCGGGGAAGAGAGGAAAAAAGGGGGCGGUUUGUCUUCGUUCGAGCCGAUUGCGUUUGCGUCACGGGAAAUGCCGAUUAUCGAAUUCCUUCGUUUGCCUGUGUCUCUGUGUGUUUCUUUUUGAAGGUGGGGGGAGGGGGAGGUGGAGGUGGAGAGGGGGUGUGGUGGCCUAUUGGGCGGCCGCUGCCAGUUAAGCGGCUCCACGCCAGGAAUGAGAAGUGACCCCUCGCUCCAUGUGACGGCGCCAUUUUGGAGACGGGGGGCCGCGGGCGCGAGGGAGGGAGGAGGCCCCACAAUCCCCCGGGGGUAUAGGCCGGCCGCCAUUUUAGUGCGGGGCAGUAGCAUUUCACCCCCACCCCCCCUGCCCCCUCUAGGCCUGUAUUCCUCCACCCGCCAAACCCCACCCCUCAAACAUUCAUCCUCAUACUAUCCGUUAUUAUUGAAGUGAUACCCUUGAAGGCGGUGGAGCUUUGAAGUUCUUUCUUCCUCCCUGUGCCUUGUGCUUGUGGAGGUGAAGGGCACGCCCCGCUGUAUCCCACAUCCCCCCGGGCCGGUGCCCGGAUGUGGACGGUGGACGAUGGCGGCGCCCAGCGCAGCGGACUCCCCGAGCCGGAGCUGGACGAGCGCGGCGGCCGAGGCCCCGCUAGACAUCGCGGCUCCCGCCUGGGCCGAGGUGGUGGGAGACCCUUCCGCCGAGCCGCCUACCCCCAGCUGGACGGGCGGCGCAGCCGACAACCCGGCGCCCAGCCCGAGCCGGCCUGCCGCCUGCCGCGGGAUCUCCUGGACCCCGGCCGAGACAAACGCGCUGAUCGCCGUGUGGGGGGACGAGAGGCUGCAGGACGUGCUGGAGGGCAACCUGCGCAACUCGCACAUAUUCGACCGCAUCUCUCAGGCCCUGCGGGAAAUGGGCUAUGAGAGAAGCGCUAACCAGUGCAAGGAGAGAAUCAAGACUCUAAAGAGGUGCUAUAGUCGAGUAAAGGAACGUGGUCGGGGUAAGAGAACCUGUAACUACACGUUUCAGCAGCUGGAGCAGGUCUUCGGGCGGGUGCCUGUUGUGUGGGAACCACACGCCUAUCAGCCAGUCCUUAUCGACAGCAGCGGACUGUACCAGGACGCAAAAUCAGACACUAUUAACCUGGAUGACAGCCGGGAGGUGCAGCCAACUCAGUUGGAAGACUGGGGAAACCAGAAGCCAGAUUUGCUAAUUAAACAAGAGCUGCUUAUGAAUCAGAAGCAAGAGUUGCAGGCUUACCAGAAACAGGAUCUCUCCGUCUACCAGGAUGCAGAUGAGGACGUAGAAGAAAUGAAUUUUGUGAAGAAGAAGUCACCAACAAGGCAUAAUUCUACAGAUAACAUGCAGAAGCCGGAGAUUCUGCAGGCCCUCACAGCACUGCUAGAUGCUGUCCAGCCAAGAUGGCAGGAGUUCCAAAGUUAUGAUGAACUCAGCAGUCCACAAUUCACAAAUAAACUUGGUAUUUUUGCCAUUGGGUAUAAUACGCGGUGGGUCGAGGACAUUCGGUACCAUUAUGCGGAAAUCAGCUCCCAGGUGUUGGUUGGAAAAAGACUGAAGGAAUACUUAAACCCAGAUAAACCAGAGGGCAAAGUGAUUGCAAUCAAGCGUCAAAAAAUGAACUGGAAGAAAGUCUAUUAUAAGGUUUUUGAGAUCACUAAAAGUGAAGCGCGCUGUCUCGAGCUGCACUUCGCUUUCGAAUGGAUACCCAUCGCACUUUCCCGAGCAGCCGGUGACAACACUAUACAGUAUUUGCUUCCGGGCGGGAUCCCGGACACCAAUGGCCUCUACGUGAUUGGCUGUGAGGAGGUAGAGGGUGAGGUUUUCUCCCCGCGGCGAGAUUACGGGAUACGGGUGCUGCCCAGGGUUUCCUUGCGGCGGGAUUCCGGCAGCAACACUGCUGGGCCAUCUCUCUUGGAGAGCGAACUCGUCGACGGAAGUGAGGUGAAGUCAAAAAUCCGCUACUGUUACUUGGGCUUAGCAGAGGAGGUGACCAUUCGUCAUUGCAUACUGCAACACUUUCAACCACCUGUCAAGAUGCUGGGCCUAGAGACCUGUACCAUCAACGGCUUCCUUGCUGAAAACUGUCGGGCAGGAUCCAUCUCAAGAUCUAUUUACAUCAAAUUUAUAGAAGUAGAAAAGGAGUAUCUCUCUUCUGGCUGUGUAAUUGAGUGUUUGGAAAAAGCCAUGGGGUAUUCUUUACGAUUCACAAAGUAAAUCCGACAGUAACGCACGUAUUCAAUUGGAUGUGCAGAAGAGUCCUGCCUGGUGGCAUUUAAAGCUGUAAUAAUGUCAGGGUUUUGAUUUUGAAGCUUCCCACACUCGCUGUCCUAAGGAUUUCAAUGCCAUUGUGGCUGAGGAAGGGGAUUGGGUAGAACAAAAUUGAAUGUUCAAGACUAUGGGUGGAAUGAUUGGGAGGGCAAGGCAGGAGCUUAAAUCAUGGAGAAAAGGAGUUUGCAGUUACUCUGUUCCACAGAAAGAAGAUUCCAACCUGAGAGCGUGAAUGUUGGAGCCUUUGCAUCAAUUAAAGGCUUUAAUGGUCCAAUGCCUUGGUUACGGUCCUAUUAAUGUACAGUAUACUGUACAGUCCAACCAGUUUGCCUAGGACAUGAAUACAAGUUGUGAGAGCACCGACCAUUCAUAAUGGUCUGGUAGUAUAUUGGGCUGCAUGCUUCACUUGUAUUCUCUACUCAUAGCAUUUUCCAGCACUCAAAUCCACUAGCCACUCUUGGUGAUUUCAUUGGAUUAGGAACUAAGUUACUAAAUAAUUAAUAGGUAAUGUGUAUUUUAAUUGGGGAUGGGGGAAGAAAAGAUGAAGUAAAAUAGAAAUUGAGAUUGGGUCUCAGUCUGUUGAAAGCAUGUCUCUUCUGCUGAAGUUAGCAUUGAACCAGGAUGGCGUGGGUGGGGGGGGGGGCAAAGUUAUCUGGAUAUGUGUGUUGUUCAAAUGGCUGCUGGAAUGUAGCCCUGGGUAGCCAAAAUGUCAACAAAGCCUCCUUUUCUAUGGCAAAAUAUUAUAACUAUCCUGUUACCAUAAACCCAGGUCUGUGAAUCACACUUCAUAUUGGAUCCUGACCCAACUCCACUCUGCACAGCUGCAAUUAUUCUGGCACUUACUGAUGUGCACAGUGCCUUGACAAUAUCCCAGGGUUGGUUCCAGCACAGCUGAACGAUUUUGGGAUAGAUGGCUGUAAGGAAAAUGAAUGCGUAGAGCCAGAAAGGCAUUCGAACGCUUGUUGAGGAAAGCCCUGGUGCAAAUUAUUCUUUUGGGAUUCCCAAGUAUAAUGCAGAUGGUGAAAUAAAGUAACUAGAUGCCCUCCAUUGGCCAUUUUCACCUGGGCAUUUUAAAAUCAGUGGUGCACUUCUCCCCAGACAGAAACUAAUAUGCUUUCACAGUUGUAUUAGCAUCCUGGAGUGAGAUUCUGAACAAAGCUUCCCAGACUGUUUUGUAUUGAAGAAAUUUUCUUCUUUUCACAGCUAACUGAUCUCUUCUACUUUUUAGUUUCUUUUCUAAUCAUCUUCGUCAUUGCAAAAUGAGAGCUACCACGAGACAAUCUAAAGUAAAGUGGUGUUUUAAGACCAAAUAAUCAUUUGUUUGCAUGGUGGUGUAACCCGCUGGUGUUUUUGCUGCCUUUAGGGGACAUUCGCGUUAGUGUGGUGCACCUAUGACUGAGAUGUUGGGAAUGAGGCUUGGGGCUUUGUUGUUUAGUAUGGGUUAAGGUAAAGUCAUCACUGCUCCAGAGAGCUCUAGGUUGUCUCAUUCGAGAGAGAGAGAGAGAGAGAGAGAGAGACAAAGCACAGUUGACUGCACGGCUGGUUUGCAGUGCAGCAUGGCGCAAACAGCACGGGUUCGGUUCCCACACCAGCUGUUCUAUCUUGUCAAACUCGUCCCUUGGCUGAGAUGUGGUGACCCUUGGGUUAAGCACUCCACCAGGCGUGUCUGUAUAAUGAUUGAACAGCCCACUGGUCCUUUAGGAUCAUGGUGACAUAACCUUACUGUGGAUUAAGCCUCCCUCAAUUGAGUGUCAAGUUAGAUAAAAUGUUAUCAGCAGAUUUCAAUACAAAUUAACUGCCAGGGCUUAAUGAAUCCAUUAUAAUGCUUGUUUUAUAAUCACUCGUGUUGUCCUUUGUCAUGCACACAUCAGUUUUUAAUCACUGUUCUUUUUAGCAGAAACAUCUUUUGUAAUUCACCUUCAAAGUUUGAGAUUGAGGACUGAGUAAGAAAGAAAUUGCUAUCACAUUCUGUCAGACCAAUUAGUUUUUAUUAGAGAGCGCUAGCCCCAAAAGUGUCUCAAAGCAACUUGAGCUUGUCACAUGUUGUUCCUAGCAUUAGAAAUUUAAACUCUUUAUAGCAAAAUCCCUCAGGAGACUUCAAAUGGUUCUUGUAAUUGAUAGCACUGUACUUUAAAAAUUCAGAGUCUUCUGGUUUUUGCUGAUGGACCACAGCAAAUGUAAAAUGUUAACAUUUUAAAGCAGGUCCAGUAAAAGAGAAAUCCUCUCCACAGUAUUCACCCCUCAGUUCCUUACAGGCAAUAGCUGAGACUUUAUUUCCCAAGGUUUAAAAAUAAUGAGCUUUCACCUUUUUAAUGUUACAUUUUGAAGUGAACUCCAAAGUAUGAGCUUCAGUAGCAGUUCGAUUGGUUAGUCUUCUGCAAACUAAAACAGGACCAAGUAAAUGAGAGCAGUCAGGUUUGGUCCCUACCUUGUGCUGCUGUAUCGACAGGGAGACUAUUGGUACAUGGAGGUUGGUAUCAUGUAGAGGGGAAAAGAAACUUGUCUGCUGAAAAGUAUGUUGUCCUCAUUGGCAUAUCCCAUUGUGUAUACCGUAAUAAUCAAAUGAAGCUAGGCUGUAGCGCUUCAAGUUUAAUCUUUGCUCUUGUAUCCAUCAUGAGUUCAAAUAAUUUGCUGUCACUUGUUGUCUAGCCUGAGACAAAGUCUUGGACAAGAUAACUAGGAUUAUCAACAUAUACAAGCCAUACUUCGAAUUGAUGCCUUCGUAAGAGAAAGAAGUGGGGACAAAACACAGACCUAAGCAAGAUAACUUGCCUACGCUGAGAUUUCUCAAGUUCUGAAGUUUAUUUUUCAUUCCCUUUAGUAUUCGUUUGUUCAUUCCUUUUUAACUCUUACAUGACCCAUAACUUUCUUUUGGUCUGGUACUUUGAGAAGUGUUACAUAGUCAAAACUUAAUCCUUUUAAUUUGCAGUGUACUUUGUGAUGGAUCAUGGAAUAUUACAGAAGGCAGGAGCAUUAAAGUUACAAGAACAUCAAAACUAUCUAUCUCUGGCACAUUUAGUUAUUGAGUAAAUUAACUCUUAAUCACCUGAGCCCAAAGAAGUCAAAAGAUCAAAAACUCAAUCGACAUCCAUGUUUUCAGGGUAUCAGUAGAGUUAUCAAUGGCAUUGAAGAUGACUGGGAGAGAUUUUGAUGUGAUGGAAAUGCAAUCAGUGUUUGGGAUUGUGUUUUGCAUCACUUGUCAUUUUUCCUCAAACUUGGAAAAAGAUUUGAUGUAUCACAACUUUAUUGCUCAGGACAGUUUUUUUAAGAUUUAUAAGACACUUAAUUAACAUGUCUUGAAACCAUAGAGAUAAAUAUUGAAGUAAAGUCAGUUUGCAGCUUUUGGUGUAGAUUCUCUGUUAAUGGAACAAGGCGCAAUAUAGGGUACACUUAUAGUGCACUUCCAAGUUUCUUUGAAGAUCACUUUUGAUAUUUAACUCUUCAUGUGACCCCGAAACGGAAUAUGAGUGACAACAACACAGCCAGAUAUCCUAGAAGUUUUAUAAAAAAACAAAAGAACUGUGAAUGCUGUAUAUCAGAAACAAAAACAGAAGUUGCAGGAAAAACAGUUCUGAGGAAGGCUUAUUGGACCCGAAACAUUAACUUUGAUUUUACUUCACAGAUGCUGCCAGACCUGCUGAGCCUUUCCAGCAACUUCUGAUUUUGAUUCUGUAAGCUUUCCCCAGGAUCAUAACCAAUUAGACCAAGACCAUGCAGGGUUGGCUAGAAGCAUGGAACAGCCGUAACCUGCUGUAUUCUGUGGAAUCUUCACUACACUGGAACCAAAAGACAUGGCACUUAAAGUUGGAAACCUAAUUUCUCGGAACAACAAUAUGUAAUGAUGCAGGUCCGAUUCAGUAUUAUCUUACACUGAAAUGAUGUAAUUGAUAAGUGCGUAACAUUUUUAACUCCUGAAACAACCUGUUGAAGAUGCUGCAGUAGUGCCAUUUAGAUUCAUCAGCCCAUUGAGUGAAAUGUGACUGGUACUGCAGUGACUUGAGGAUAGUGAUAUUGCAAGUCGUAAUAAUCCUCAAUUUUCUUGAGAUACCUAUCUUACCAAGAUUAAUGAUAGCCAAUAUUAAUUGGAUUCCAAACUGCUUCAUUGACCUUGUCUCCCACACAAAGUAACUUCCAUUAGGUAGCAAAAACAAGGGACAAUAACUGUUUCCUCAUCUAAUAACUUGAGAAACAGGAGUAGACCAUAUGGCUGUUCCAGCCAGUUCCAUUUCUCAAUACUCAUGGCUGAUCAUCUGCUUCAACUUAAAUUUCUCUCCUCAUCCCUAUAUCCUCUGAUUUCCUGAAACCAAAAAUCAGUCUGUCUCAGCCUUAAUCCUAUGGGAUAGAACAUUCCAAAGAUUCACCACCUUUUGAAGUGGUGGUGGAGGGAAAGAAACUUAUGUUCAUUUCAGCCCUAAAGAUUUUGAGCCUAUUGUCCUGAGAUUGUUCUUCUGCAUUCUUGCAUCCCCAGCCAGAGGAAACAACCUUUCACUACCUACCCUAAAGUUCUCUGUUUCAAUUCAGUUAUGUCUCAAAAUAACUGAAAACUAAUGGAACAGUCUCAAAUUAAUGUUGCAACCUUUUGGACAUGCCUCAAAUUCUGUAACUUAAGUAAUUGUCUUUCAAAUAGUUUUUAAAAAUGAAGUUCAGUAAGUUUAGAGAGGUAGCAUUUCUGCUUCGGGUCAGUGUGCAUCAUUACACUGUUCACCUUCAAGGUGAAGCCUGCAUAUUGCUGUCUUAAAUGUUGUACUUUAGCAAAACUGCUGCCCGUUUUAAUAUGAAGGCAAGAAAUUGAAAAUACAGAGUGUGCUUUUGAAACCCUUCCUGUAUCGUUUUGGAACUGAGACCAUUCUGGAUGUGACUGUACUUCAGUGAUGAGUAGUGGACUUUGGGAUUUUAUUUCAUUGCCCAUUCCUGGGUAAAUGCAUAGGUCACCUGGAACACUUUUCGUUUGGUUUAAACUUUCAUUGGACACUAGCUUUGAUAUUAUUUAUGCCACUUUGUUGCCCUUAAGUAGCAAGAUUUGAACAAUGGUCAUGAGCAGCUCUAAGAUGUCAGCAUCCAUCGUUACAAGUUGGCCAGCUGAGAAAUGGGUUAGAUUGGAUAAUUUGUGAACCCAGUUCCAUAAAGCUAUGCAAAAAGCCUUGCUGAAAUUAAGUAGGGCUUUCAUAUCCUUUUAGUUUGAAUUUUGAGGCUGAUUCCAAUAGAAGCAUCAUUUAUAAAUAAGUCAUUAUUAGUGGGGGAAAAAAAACCAUGCAAUGAAAGUUUUUUUUUGUCUUACACUCAGCAAGACUGUUGCAACAAUACCAAGUUUCAAACGAACACCAAUUUGUUACAUGAGAAACAGGCAGCUUGUUUGUUGGCAAAUUAACUGUGGCCAAAAUGUUGCUGUGGAAAGGGCAUGUCUAUCCAAAUCAGUUUCUCUAUAUCCCUUUCAGCAGUUUUGUGUGUCGAUUUGAUGCCAUCCAGCCUAUAAAUAAUGUCAGUUCCCUUUUCAAGACUCUCUCUUGGUGACUGUAGAUAUGCUGUGUAGAUGGAGUACUUUGUUUGGCAGUAGCCCUUUGACAUCUCACUCAUGAACCUAACCAGUGAAUAUUGACGUCUUCUGACUAUAGGGAAUGACAUUUGAAUCCAGGUUGAACUCCCAUCAGUGUAGUCACGUUUUGUAUCACUGGAUAACAAUCAAGCACCUUUGCUGAUUUGUUUCCUCCCCUCAUCCCGAUAACUGUAAACGCACUGGAAGUAAUUACAGAUUCUGCUAUUGCCCAGGGUAUUAGCUAAUAAAAUACAGCUCAGGAAUCAGAUCUCAAACCUUGUGUGUAUAGUUUAUGUACCUAAUGGUGCCCUUAUCCACAAGACCAUUAUUGAGGAGCUUCCAACUUAAUAUUUACCACAGCUCUCGGAGACAUCUCCCCCUCAUUCCUUUGGAAAAUAUUAAUUCUGCUGAUUUCAGCAGCCAUCCAAUUAGCUUUAUUAAUCGGGUCUGUGAUCCCUCUGUUUAGAAAUACAGUUCGGUAAUUGUGUGCACACAACCUACUCUCAAACUGCUGAUGAAAAUUUUCACCAAUCUAUAAUUUGAACAGUGUGGAAACAUUCCAAUCCCACCACAAAAAGCACAGGACUGCUCUGUACAUAGUAUAUUGGCUAAUAAAGGCACUAAUGCUUAGGACUCUGCACCUACAAUAAUGGCUUACAGCUCCCUUCGCUUUCAUAAAUUGCCAGAGUGCACACUAUGUCGGCACCUGCCUAGGUUCAAUGUUACGUUCUUACAUAGUGCAAGCGUUCACAAGUGGGUAUUUUCAGUACUCUUAAGUUAAUAUACGACUACUGGAGAUCCCAUUAUAAAUGAAGACCAAAUGAAAGUCAGAGAAACAAAAACCAAAUCACUGGAGAAAAUCCCCAGAACAAGCCACUGUUCUGAACGAUGACCAACCAGGCAGGCUGAACUGUAUCGUUCUUAGUUUAGACACUGUUGAUCAUAUAAAGAUGAAGAUAUAGUUAGAGGUAACUUUAAACAAAUAAAAUUGUAUUUUUUACAUUUUUGUGCUUUGAUUUUUUUUCCAAAAAGUUUUAUUUUGGACGUUUCUUUGCCCUCUGGUAAUUAAGCUGUCUAAAGCUUUGAUUUUAAACAGGGCAGCCAUUCCUCAUUGUGUAGCUGACCAAUGAUGCACAUGCUCCAUAUAUAAUACAGACGUAUGACAGCCAGGACAAGGUGUGAAGUUGUUUUGUCAGCAAGCGGCUGAUUGUUGCACUGAUGUCCAAAUGUCCACAUUUAGUGGUAGAACUAAAAUCUAAUCGAGUUUGCAGCAACAAAAGAAAAUCACAGAAUAGCAAAGAAAAACAUGUUCUUUUUCCAUUUUUCUUAACUGAAAUAUUAUGUGGUAUUUAUCCCUGCUGUUAUUGAUUAUAUUGUAAUACUUUAUGAAAUGAUUUAUCCUUUUAAGAAGGAAAAGAAUAAGCAUCUAUGCUGACUAGCAAGUGCUUGAGACUCAUAUGGAUUAGAAUGUUGGCUCAAAGUGAGAAAGACAUAAGAUCAUCUUUUGAUUCACAAAGUUGGGGGAAUAUAAUCCUCACUCACUGCCCCACAUAAGAAUGUUAGGGAUUUUCCAUUAUUUUCAAUGGGAACUCUCAGCGGCUUUGGGAUGUUUUGGUGAGAUAUGUCUUGUAUUCUUCUCUUGAUGCAGCAUUAAGCUAUAAAUUAUUAGAUAUUAAAGACCAUUAUGACUUUA